AUGACUUCCUUCACGGCGUUAGGGCCGGACAAGAACUUUUCUGCAAUGCUACGGCUCCGUGGCACGGAGCUUGGGCCGGUUCUUACAGACGUAUUCAGCACAUAAAACGCGAAAGUCAGCCCUCCUGAUUCGCUGUUUCAAAGAAUUGUGUACAGAGGGAAAGAAGAUUUGGAAAAUCUUAAGGAGCACGUGUCCGAGAAGGCGCUGUCAAUGGUUUUGGGAGUGUUGGCAACGAAGGUGCUGAAAAACCACGAUGAAAGAAAACGAAAUACCGUCAUUCGAUGCACGGAAAUUUCCAUGAAAUUUGAACAGUACAAGGCAUGUCUGAGACCGCUGUUCGUCAAGGAAGCCAAUGAUGAUAUGAGUUUGAGUUCGGCGACCGGCACUCAAAGAAAGCGCAUGCUUCAGCAGGCGAACCAAGGCGGCAAGAUUUUGGUAAGUUGGUAG